AUCGAAAUUCCUCCCGACAACGAUUCGAACGCCAGAAACCGACGUCCACGGCCAUGAGGAUCGCUCAAUUGCAGCAGCCAAUAGCGGCUGCUGCUUCCGGCUUAGGAAAAACAGCUACGACAACUACGAUACGGCAAUUACGCGAUGCGUUAGGCCAGCUGAGGAUAGGAGCUAGUAAUGCGGCGGUUGAGGGUCGAAGACAUGCCUCGCAUCAGUCCCAGGGAGCGUACAGGUUAAAAGACACGAGCACGAUUCCGAAGAAGCUCGGUGCGAAAAAGACUGGUGAUAACUUCGUGAUCCCCGGCAACAUAAUCUUCAAACAGCGCGGCACGAAAUGGUUUCCGGGCGAGAACUGCGACAUGGGCCGGGACCACACGAUCCACGCCACGGCGACGGGGUACGUCAAGUACUACCGCGACCCGGCGAAGCACCCGAAGCGGCAGUACAUCGGCGUCGUGUUCAACAAGGAGGACACUUUACCGUACCCGCAGCACGCGAUGCGCAAGCGGCGCCUCAACAUGGUCGCGGUCCCCCUCGCCCCCCCGCCUCCCCCGCCCGAGCUGUCCGCGUCCGGCAUCCCGACGCAGGUCGUGCGCCAGGGCGAGGGCCGCAAGCCGCACCCGCGCGACGAGCGCGUGAUGAAGCUGCGCGAGGACCGGUCGUACGCGUACGCCGAGGAGAGCUGGAGGCUCGGCACGCUCGUGCGCACCGAGAAGCGGAAGAUGGGGUCCCGAAGGGUGGCUAUGCGGCAUCGCAGGCGCAAGGCUAAGGCUAUUGCUCUGGAGAUGAGGGCUGAGAGGGAGGAUAAGAUUGCCCGCCGUAAGGAGGCGCUGGAUGCGCAGCGGAAGGCCCGCGCGAAGAGGAUGAGGGAGUAUAGGGAGAGGAGGAAGGCUGAGCAGGAGGCGGAGGCUGCGGGACAGGGGAAGGGGGGCGGGGUGCCGCCGGCGGGUGAGUCGGCUCCGGAGCCGCCUAGGGUUGAUGCGUAGAGGGAGAGGGAUACCUGAUACGUACUCCCGAGUGUAUCAUUAUGAAGCUUGGUACAUACACACAUAGCACCGCUCUACUGAACCGGAUCAAGAAUGGCUAUGCUCAGGACUUGUAAACAAUGAAAUACUAUUAUCCAUUUACGGCUUUUGGAGUUUGUUGAAUGUUGCUGAUUAUCUAGCAUGUUGGUGUUGAGAGCGAAAU